GGGUUGGUUUCAUUGACCUAAUUGGUCCAUAGACAUUGCUAUACUUUUCCCACCACCCACUCAAAGAAUUUGAUCUACAAAUUAAUUACAAAAUAAAAAGGUGGGAAACGAACAAUACUAUCCAUUCCUAACCUCCUUGCGCUUUCUGGUCAACUACCCCAUCGUGCCUGUGCAUGCAUAGUUGCACACCACCACCGCAAUUUUCUCUCCAAUCCCAAAUUUUGACGGAAAAUUUUUAAACUUUCCCAUUACCCAAUCUCUUCUUGUCCUUUCCCUUCACAACCCCUCAAUUCCCAAUUCCCAAUUCCCAGUCCCCUUCCUUUUCUCUCUUCCACACAUAUCUGCUCAAUCGCAGAAUGUGUCCGCUGAGACUGAUUUUGAUAUUCCUCUCGGCCACGCUGGCCGGAUUUUUCGUCCUCAGAGGCCUCAAGUCUCAACCCCAAGUCCCCGAUUCUGAUUCAAAUGCUGCGCCGCCUGCCGCCGACGAUCCCAAAGCUUCCGUUAACCGAUCUGCCAAGGUUUUAUCAGCAAUUGGGUCGGGAUUGCGGUGCUUCGUAGACAUGGCCAGCGGGCGCUACCUCUGGACCCAUCUGGUUUCGUCCUCCGCGCGAUCCCACUGAUCCCCGAGUUGCUUCCCUUUCAAGAUACGCGUUUUUAAGGUCCAAUUGUACCGCGAUGAUCUAAUUUUACUGUUAAUUGAAGAACCCUGUUGUUGUGGUGGUGGUGGUUGAUGUUCUUGCUGGAUUUGUACUUUAUUGAAUAACGAAUGCCUGUUGCACCUAACUUUGAUUCGAUCA